CUAGCACUUAAUUUCAGCUAUUUCAACAGCGUUUGACUAAAAACUCCACAAAAGUAAUGAAUUUUCGUGUUAAUAUAAGUAUUUGCCGUGUUUGUAUGAAACCGGACGAUGGCGUAUCACUCUUGGAUAAUGAGGAAUUGUGCGAAAAGUUUAUGUUUACAACGCGUUUGAAGCUCGUUGCAAGUGAUGAUAUGCCCUCAUUAAUUUGUAAUAAAUGCUUGAAACGUCUUCGCGUAUCCUACGAUUUUGUUAAGUCAGCGCACGACUCGGAGAAAAACUUGAAAGCAUUUCUUCAAAAAAUUAGUAAAGAUUUUCAAUUAGUAACAAAUAACACUAAUGGAAAAUCGAAUAACAACGAGGAUGAGGACGAUGAUGAUGAUCUCUUGGCAAACAUACUCGAUGAAGAGAAUGUCGACAAAAAAACAGCAGAAGUUUCGACACAAAAAGAUGAAAGCGCAGUUUCUUCCACCGAGCUAACUAAUAGCGCUAAAACUAAUGUCAGAAAAAAAGCUAUAGGAAAAACUGAAAACAAUGUUGGUCAAAGGUUAGUAACGACUACAAGGUCUACAUUAAGUGAGACAUCAAUACAAGAAAAGAAAAUGAAACUCAAUGUGAAUAGAGAAAGUGUAGAAAAAGAAAUGAAAAGUUACGAAGCAUUUGAGUCCGAUAUACAAGUUGAAUUAGAAGAUAAUCUAGAGGAUAUCACAAAGUGUGAUAUUGAAGAACCGAAGGAGACUUCCUCCGAACAUGAAAUACAAAUACUUGAAUACACUGAUGAAGAGUCGCAAACAGAAUUGGAAAUAUUGGAAGAAAACCUGCAACCUAGUGACGAUACCCGUAGCAGUCUUGGCGCAGAGGAACCGCAACCACAAAGUAGUGGAGGAUUUCUUAAGGAAUAUCAAGCAAUGCUUGAGGAAGAAGAUGGCGAGUUUCUAGAUGAUAAAGAUGAUAUAAACGAUAAAACUACAACAGCCAAAGAAUUGAGUUUCUAUGAUGGUGAUGAAGAGCUAUUGGAUGAACAAGACAUCGAAAUGAAAUCGAUGGUCGAAGAUAAUCUAGAUGAGGAACGAAGUGUUGGCACCUCAACACAACUACAAACACAAGCGGCUGAAAGAGAUACUAAAAGUAAAACACGUAAAUACCAGACGAAAACCCACGUCCGUGGUCCGAGUGCUAAACCAACGAAAAAAGGCGAUAGUUUGAAUACUUCAAAGCGCUUCUUAUGUUUAAAGUGUAAUCGUGACUUUAGCACUAAAACAAAUCUAACGCGUCAUAUGGCAACACAUGAAGGCAAUAGACCCUUUCAGUGCACUGUAUGCAGUAAGAGCUUCACACAGAAUGUAUCAUUGAAGCAACACAUGUACACACACACCGGUGAGAAGCCAUACCAAUGUGAUGUGUGUCACAGAGGAUUUACGCAAUGUAAAAGUCUGGUAUUUCACAUCCGCCGACACACCGGUGAUAAACCAUUUCCUUGCGAAAAAUGCGGUGCACUCUUCCGGCAAAAGGAUGGACUUAAGACCCACAUUCUUAAACGGCAUACAAUCAAGUCACAACAUGGUAAUAUGGAGUUAACAACAUGCGCCAUCUGCAAAGAAGUGUUUGGUGAUAAAAUUCUGCUGCAAGAGCAUAUGAAGAAACAUUUAAACGACUAUGUGCGCGUCGAUUCGGCCAUGUCAUGCGCUAACCGUGAUACCGAAGAGAAUUUCGAAUAUAUAGAUGAUGAUCUGCCUCAAGACAAAGCAAAUGACUUUAUGGGUGAAACCGGCACGGAGAGUACCGAUGAUAUUGGCUCAGCGGCACAUGUGGUCGAUUUAAUGACGACUUCUGCUUUGGAGCCGAGUCGCGCCAAGAAAUUUCAAUGUCGAAAAUGUUUUAAAUGCUUUGCAAUUAAAAAAAAUCUACUGCGACAUUUGACUACACAUGAGCUAUCCGUUGAGACUGAUUUCGUGUGUAAAAUAUGCGAACUUUGCUUUGCCACCAGUGAGGACUUACAAACGCAUACAUUAAAUGAACACACUGACUCGAAUGAAUCCUUCCAAUGCGAAUUGUGUGACGCCACAUUCUAUAGCAUAGAAGAGUUAAGGAAACAUAGUGCUUUGCAUAAUGCCAAAUCAUUCAAGACACAUACCGUGGCGAGAGCUCGAAAUACAUAAUGGAGUAUGCGUUAAAGGCAUACAUUUUUUACACAAUUAUUUUUGUGCAAAAAUAUGUGAAAUAAAAUAUAAAUUCACUUACCGCUUAA